CAUUCGGGCCCCCAACACCAACCACACACCCCCACCUCCCCUAGCACGUAUGAUUCACGAAACCGAAUUUGAAUUAAGCCAGCGUUCCUAUGGAGAAAUAGGUCGACUAUUUUGUUCUCACAUUCGUCGAGCAAUAAUUCUCCAGAUUCCUUGCUUCGUUUCUUCCGAGAACCUUAGUGUAAGCUAAGGUUGGGGGAGACACCAGAGAAGGAAAGCAAGAACAAAAAUAAAAAGAAGCUGAAGAUGAGUAUUGCAGAGGAGAAGAUCGAGAUAAUUACAAAUGACGAAUGGUUAAGCUCGUUGAAGACGAGGGUAGCCAAAACAAAAUGGGUGGUCGGGCGCACCAGUGGGCCGACCAUCUUCAAAGUCCCAAGAAUCUUUCAAGAGGCAGAUCCGAAGGCAUAUGAGCCUAAGAUGGUGUCGCUCGGCCCCUACCACCAUGGCAACAUACACCUGAAAGCUAUGGAAGAUCUGAAAUGGCACUACCUCAAGGAAUUCCUGGGCCGAAACCCCGGCAAGCCACUGGAAGACUACAUCGAUCAGAUCAAGAAAAGAGAGCACGAGGCACGUAUGGCCUAUUCAGAAAAAGUGGACAUGACUAGUGAUGAGUUCGCCCAGAUGAUGCUGCUUGACUGCUGUUUCGUGAUCGAGAUCAUAGACUUGUGGAAAACGUAUGUGGAAAGACAAGAAAAGGAAGAAGAAGAAGAAGAAGAAGCAGUAGAUAAACAAAUUAGAUGUGCGUGGCCAUGGUUCCGCACUGCGCGACCGAUACAUUCCGUGGCCGCCCAACCGCGGCCACUGAUGCAUUCCGUGGCCAUGCGACCGACGCUUUCCGUGUUCGAGCGACCGAUGACGAUGUUCGGAAACCAGCUUAGAACGGAUGAGAAAGGAACGGAAGCUGAGCAUAAUCCAAUUACAAGUACACGGUACACUCUACCAGUGGUCGUGCGAGACAUGCUGAUGCUGGAAAACCAGCUUCCUUUCUUCCUCCUCGAGACUCUGUUCCACUCGGCUUUUCCUAAAUCACCUGAUCGCCUAGAAAAUUGGAUAUUCAAAUUCGUCAGCAAUCUCGUGAAAAGCAAGAUUGAGAAUUCCCCCAAUAUCGGCGAUGUGAAAGUUCACCAUAUACUUCAUCUUUUGCACUAUUGCAUUGACCCAGCAAAGACACGAGAUGGAGGUAAACCUUCCUCAUCCCUCUGGCACAAGCCUAACAGGAAAAACUUACGUCGCUCUCGAGAAGAUAACCACCCAACUCCCCUGCUGAAAUGGAUUCCAAGUGCAACGCAACUGAUGGAGGCUGGAAUACAUUUUAGGAAGAAGAAGGAGGCCACGAACUUCUUGGACAUCACCUUUCAGAAUGGUGAGAUGGAGAUCCCCUUGCUUCAGGUAGAUGACGGCACCAACAUCCUCUUCAGGAACCUCCUAGUAUUCGAGCAGUGCUCCAAAAAUGUCAGCCUUCAUGUCCCGGCCUACGCGACGCUCAUGGAUUGCAUCAUCAACACCGCCGCCGACGUCGCGUUGCUCCAGCAACAUGGGAUCAUCCUUAGCUGUUUGGGCGACGGCAAGCAAGUCGCUGAUCUAUUCAACAAACUUUGCAAGGAGGUGACGUUGGACUACGAGAAAAGUUAUGUUUCAGGCAUCUACAAAGAUGUCAACAAGCACUGGACCAACAAAUACAACCAAUGGCGAGCGAGGCUUAAUCAUGAUUACUUCAGUAAUCCUUGGGCGGUCAUCUCGGUGUUUGCAGCUAUCUUGCUCUUCGGUCUAGCCAUAACGCAGACCAUCUAUUCUGCUCUGAGCUAUGUUCGACCGCCAAAUUAGUCUCCGUAUUAUUAUUAUUAUUAUUAUUAUUAUUAUUAUUAUUAUUAUUAUUAUUAUUAUUAUUAUUAUCUUCUGCCUCUUCCUGAAGUGUUUGAAAUCUUACUGAUACUGUACGAUUCUCUGGUUUCUGUACUGUAAUUUGUUAUUGCAAGCAAUAAAGGGUUUGUUUGCUUAGUAGUUUGUAUGAGAUUGCUCGAAAGCAUUCCUUUUGC